AUGAGUACAAAGGAUGCAAAAUUAAAUAAGGAGUAUGAUGAAGCAUAUGAAUUUAUCUGUCACAAGGAAAUCGAUAGUGCGGAUGAAACUAUAGUUUCAGAUGAACUUUCUGUCAUAUACCGCAAGAUUGAUCUUAGGAUCCUUUCGAUUCUUUGUGGGAUCUAUUUUCUUCAAUUUCUCGAUAAGACCUUGCUUAAUUAUGCUGCAGUUAUGGGGAUUAAGAAAAAUCUUGUUGGUAAUCAAUUCAGUGAUUUAGCAACAAUUCUAUAUGUUUCUUAUAUAGUUUUUGAACCAGUUUCUGCUUAUUUGUUUCAAGUUCUUCCCCCUGCUAAAUUUUUUGCAGCUUGCAUAAUUUGUUGGGGGAUAGUAGUUGUUAUGCAUAUCUUUUGUCAAACAUAUGCUUCUUUGAUGGUGAUUAGAAUGUUAUUGGGUUGUUUUGAAGCAUGUGUUGCGCCUGGAUGUAUUAUGAUUACCGGGAUGUGGUGGAAUAAAAAGCAGCAAUUGAGAAGAAUGGGACUUUGGUCUAUCCAAGCUGGUACAUCUACUAUUUUUGGAGGAUUGUUAUCAUUUGCGUUCCAACAUGUGGACUCUACAAAGACUUCCCUUGCUUCAUGGCAAAUCUUUUUCUUGCUCAUGGGACUUAUAACAAUCUUAUAUGGAGUUUAUGUAAUGAUUGAACUUCCAAAUAACCCUACAUCCGCAAAAUUUUUGAAUGAUAGAGAAAAGAUGUUGGUUUUGGAAAAUAUUAGGGAGAAUCAAACUGGUACUGAAAAUAAAGUAUUUAAAAAGGAGCAAAUCAAAGAACUUUGUAUCGAUCCUCAUACUUGGCCAAUGUUUUUCUUGACGGUUAUAAGUAUGGUGGCUACUGGGGCCAUUAUUACAUUUAGUGUUACCAUCAUAAGUUCAUUUGGUUUCACCGCUAAGCAAUCUGCUCUUGUACAAAUGCCAGUUGGUUUAUCUACAAUUUUAAGUAUCGUUGGUGCAACUUAUCUUUGUGCCUACUUUAAUGGGAACUAUAGAACUUAUAUUUUUAUUUCAUUGCUUGUCCCUGCUAUAAUCGGGUAUAUCGUCUUGUUAACCACAUAUAAUCGAAUUGGUAACUUACUUGCAAUUUAUCUAAUUAACACCGGAACUUGUGUUAUUACCAUGAUUUAUUCUUGGAAUGGUGCAAAUACUGCUGGACAUACUAAAAGAUUGGCACGUAAUUGUUUAACGAUGAUUGCCUUUGCCAUUGGUGCACUUAUAGGACCACAAUUAUUCAAAGCUGAAGAUUACCCUCAUUAUAUUCCAGCAAAGAUUACCCUUUUGGUAUUAACGAUUGUCUGUAUUCCAUUAUCCUUGUUUGUAAGAUACCUUUCAAUUAAAAUAAACAGACAAAGAGAUUUAGAUGUUGAAGGGAAUGAGAAAUGGUUGAAGGAAGUUGGUGAUAACUAUCAAUUUAAGGAUUUGACUGAUAUUGAGAAUAAAAUGUUUAGAUAUUCAUAUUAA